AUGGCAAUGGUUCUCGAUACAUACAAAGAAGAGAUGCUCCAAUCUCUCGAAGAGCUGUCCGUCUUCAAACGUCCCUCUCAGAGACAAUUAUCGGUUCGAGAGAUGAUUGAAGAAGCCUGUAGUUGUCUUUUCGUCUCCGAUGAAAAACUUCAUCGUGUUAUGAGAGCUCUCGAAACAUCAAUGGAUAAAGGCCUUUCAAAAGAGACUGCUUCACAUGCUGCUCUCAAAAUGCUGCCUUCUUUUGUUCGUUCUGUACCAAAUGGUAAGGAGUUCGGAGAUUUCCUUGCCUUGGAUUUGGGUGGAACCAACUUCCGUGUCCUAUGGAUCCGUUUGGAAGGUCGGGAAGCUGAGAUGAAAAGUAAAAUUUUCCGAGUUCCCGAGCAUGUUAUGAGAGGCCAAGGAGAAGCUCUCUUCGAUCAUAUUGCCGAAUGCAUGGCCAAGUUCAUGGAGGAGCAUAAUCUGAAGAAUGCUGAAAAGCUUCCUUUGGGUUUCACUUUCUCUUUCCCAUGCGAGCAGCACGGAUUGACCGAAGCUACAUUGAUCAACUGGACUAAAGGCUUCACCGCUUCCGGAGUUGUUGGAGCUGAUGUUGUUACUAUGCUUCGUGAAGCUUGUGCUCGUCGUAAGGAUAUUGAUAUUGAUGUUGUUGCUGUACUCAACGACACUGUUGGUACUUUGAUGGCCUGUGCUUUCAAGCAGAACACUUGCCAGAUAGGAGUGAUAGUUGGAACGGGUACCAAUGCCUGUUACAUGGAGAAAAUCGAUAGAAUCUCUAAGCUCGAAGGACAAGUUGAUUUAGAUGAUGGUCUGCCAGAUGAGAUGAUCAUCAAUACUGAGUGGGGAGCAUUCGGUGAUGAUGGAAGUCUCGGAUUCAUUCGAACGGAUUUCGACGACAUUGUUGAUCAGAGCAGUUUCAAUCCUGGAAAACAACUCUUCGAGAAAAUGAUCAGUGGAAUGUAUCUCGGAGAGGUUACUCGUGUUAUCCUUGAGCGUCUGACUCGUGACCAUCUACUCUUCGACGGUGAUUACGAAGCCAUCUCCAAACGUGGUUGUUUCCCAACGAAGUAUUUGUCUGAAAUUGAAAGUGAUUUGCUGGAAGACGACGACUGUACUUUCCAAAAAACAUAUCAAAUUCUUGAAGAUAUCGGAAUCGAACGUGUAUCGAACGCCGAUUGUGCCAAUGUUGCUUACGUGUGCACACUUGCCAGUACAAGGGCUGCUUAUCUUACUGCUGCAGCUAUCGCUACACUUCUCAAUCGUAUGGAUAAGGAGCAUGUAACGGUUGGAGUUGAUGGCUCUGUUUUCCGUUUCCAUCCAAGUUUCCCAAAACUUCUGGAUGAGAAGAUUGAUCAGUUGAUUCAUGGAGACUUAGAGUAUGAAUUAAUGUUGUCUGAGGACGGCUCUGGCAGAGGAGCUGCCCUUGUAGCCGCAGUUGCAACUCGUAUGAAACAUGAGUUAGCUGGAUUGAUCUAA